AUGGCGGCGAUGUUAAUCGGAAGAGCUUUCAAAUCGGCUAAAAACUCUCACUUGGUACUUCGUUCUCGAUCCUUCUGUACAACAUCCGCCGCUCGUGAACCCGAUUCCGAUGGGCAAUCAUCGGAUUCUUCAUCUUCGUCGUUCACGUUUGACAAAGAGAAUGAAAAACCCAUCUUCGUGAAAGCUCCGAACGCUCGUCGGAACAACGAUUCGGAUUCGGUGACGAUGCCGACGUCUUUCAUGACGGGUUCGAUCGUAGGGAAGAGAUUUUACAAGAAAGUGACGACGAGAGAAGCAGAUGAUGGAAAUGGAUGGACUGUGAUGCUUGAUUACAGAACCCUUAAAACACCUUCCAAAAGACCUCUCAAGCUUCGUUCUUUGGCACUUGCUAAAGCCAUUGCAAUUGAAUGGGAGUAUCAGCUAACAGAAGGGAUCAGACCAUUCACAAUGCCACUCAUGAAACUAGCGUGUACUGCACUCGAGAGAGUUCCUCUUACGCGUUCAAAGAUUAUUGAACAUCUAUCAAGAAAGUUACAUCAAGAUCUCGUCUUUUUCCGAGCGCCUGAAGAUGACGACCUAACCACUGAUGUCCAUGAUGUUCAGGUAGAGAGGAUUGAUCCUCUACUUCAGUGGGUAGAGUCAGAGUUUGGGGUCAAACCGAAAUUGUAUUCUAGCAUCUUCGGAGGUAAACAAGACGACAAGCUAGUGAAAGCAGUAGAAGAUCUGCUCACGAAGACAAAUGAUGGUGAACUGGCUAGCAUCGAUGCACUAGAGGCAUCAGCUCACUCGGUAGUUAUCGCUCUUGGCAUCUUCUGCGGGAAAUUGCAGAUCGAUGAUGCUAUCCAAUUGAUUAGACUUGAAGAAGAUUUACAGGUGGACAAAUGGGGACUAGUCGAAGGCGGGCACGAUAUUGAUAUUGCUGAUCUCAAAGUUCAGAUCUCAGCUGCUACUGUUUUUCUUGCUCUAUCCCGUGAAAACUGA